AUUUCUCAUAUUGGAAAGCUGAAGGAUUUUCUUCUGCAACACAGAAAGGAUUACAUUAAUGCAUACAGCCAUAUUAUGUCUGAGUAUGUGAGGAUGACGGAUACAGAGCGCGAUCAGAUAGAUCAAGAUGCUCAGAUAUUUAUGAGGACGUGUGCCGAUGCCAUUCAUCAGCUGAGAACAGAAGCACACAAGGGUGUCCAGUCUGCUCAGGUCAAGGAGCACAGAACCGCUGUCUUGGACUUCAUUGAAGAUUACUUAAAAAGAGUGUGUAAGCUGUAUUCUGAACAAAGAGCCAUCCGAGUUAAGCGAGUGAUAGAUAAGAAGAGACUGUCCAGACUUGAACCUGAGCAGAGCAAUGUGUCCAAAUCACCUCUUUCCCCAGAGAAAUCUUCACAGAAUCCUUUAGAUGAUUCUGAAGAAAAACUUUCUGCUGAGGAAAGCAAAGACAGGAAUCUGCCGGAUGCCCAAAGUAACCUUGGAUUAUGGGGGGAUGGCAAAGGUGAAGAUGAGCUGUCACCUGAAGAAAUACAAAUGUUUGAACAGGAGAACCAGAGACUUGUUGGUGAAAUGAAUAAUCUCUUUGAUGAAGUCAGACAAAUUGAAGGAAAAGUGGUGGAAAUCUCCAGAUUACAAGAGAUCUUCACUGAAAAAGUCUUGCAACAGGAAACUGAUAUUGACAAUAUCCAUCAAUUAGUUGUGGGCGCAACAGAGAAUAUCAAAGAAGGGAACGAAGACAUAAGAGAGGCCAUCAAAAACAAUGCUGGAUUUCGAGUAUGGAUCCUGUUCUUCCUUGUGAUGUGUUCCUUUUCCUUGCUUUUCCUGGACUGGUAUGAUAAUUAAUUAAAAGUGUAAUAUUAUCUACAUGCUUUGU